AGGCCAGCUAACGCGCAUUCCACGGAAAGCUGAAGGUAAAACCAAAAUGGCCACAAGACCAACACUAAAAAGCCUACCACGUCUUCUACACUUACAACACCACCCUCGCGGUCACCGCCGGCGCCUCAUCUCAACCGCAAUCCGCGCCGCAACGACACCGUCACCAUCAACGCUGACAAAUCAAGACGCAAUUCUCGAAUGUUUGACCAAGCUAGUGAAAUGGGAGUUUGCGAAGGAAAGUCUUGUGCUGCUAGCCGAGAGGGGGAUGAAUGCGGAUUGGGGUGGAAAGGGUGUGAUCAGGGUUGGUGGUGGGUAUAAUUGAUAUCUAUCCUGUCUCCUAAUAUUCUGGAAUUGGUGAUGCUGGGUCGAUCAUGGCUGAUGAUGGGUAUGUUAUCUGAGUUAUCAGUUCUGGGAAAAGGGGAUGGGUUGGGGAGAGUUGCUGCUGUUCUACUUGAUAAUCCGUUUGCUCGUGAGGAGAGGAGUGAAUGCAGAGGAAGGGGGACAUGGGUGAAGGCGUUGAGGAAGUGGUGCGCUGAUGGGAGUGACAGUAGGGGAUUGCUCAUACGGUAGUGUACUCGUUUUUUUCUUCCCUUCUCUUCUCGCACUGAUUGAAAUCCAUUCACACACAACAGAAAUUAGAUUAACGAAUUCGUUCCCCCCUAUCAUAGCUACGGCCCCGCCAGCGAAAUCUCAACACCAAAAAACUCCCCGGUCUCCCUCCUCACAGUUCCGUCAUCGCUCCUAAAAUCCUCCAAUAUCGAAAUCCUGCUUGCACCAAUACCCCCGGGGGACCCUACUGUCCUUACUUUCCGUGCCAAUAACGCUCCUGGCCCACGCCCCAUCAAAUUCCCAGUUCAUAAGUCGAUAAUGUACGCCGGUGAGGGGGAAACUGGCCUACAAACGCUCUUAGGUCACAAUAGCACCACCCCUACCACCAACGAUGAUAACAGAAAUUCACGGGUGCUCCGAUUACUCUCGCUGCCAGCUUUGAUCCUAGAGAAUAAUGAUGUUAGGUCAGUCAAAAUCAUCAAUCUCCCUAUCGCGGAAGAUGCCAUCGAGCAGCUGAAGGCUUCCACCGUCGGUUCUCUUACGUUUGAGAGUGAAUGGCUGCAGAGUGGGUUUGGUUCUGUGAAGGAGUGGGUGCUUGAUGGGUGUAAGACGCCGGAUAGUGAUGCUGGGGGUGUCCCCCCAGUUGUAAAAACCUUGAUUUCCUCGAUCGUCGCCGAAUCCGAGCGACUGAUCCGUGUGGAGGAAGAGAGAUUAAGUCGCGCAGCGGAGAAACAUGGGAAGAAGUACUUCGUUGGUGAAGGCUUCGCUACCAAAACCGUCGCCGAGAAUGUUGAAAGCUUAUCCUCAAUUUUGAGGAAUUGGUCACAGAAGGCUCAUUCGGAAUUGCAAAACUCUUUGGCUGAGGGAUUCAACUCUCGCGCGUGGGAACAACUUGCAUGGUGGAAGCUGAUUUGGACGGCAGAUGAUGUCACGGCGAACUCUAGGGAGGUGAUUAGUACAUGGUUUCUACCGCAAUCCAAGAGAUCAUUCAUGUUCCUAGCAGGUUGCCUCACUGGCGCCGGGUUCAAGGGCAGCCCCCCGACGGCAUUGCGACGACCAACUUCCCCGGAAGAGGAGCUUGCGUGGUUACGAUUGGCGGAUGCCCCUUCCCCUCCCGAAAACGCAGGCGAGCACAUGCCUGAGGCAUCCUACCCCGAGCACCUCUUCACAACGGCAGACAACGUUAUUGGUAAUCUGAUACCUGACCUCCAAGCCUCGGCCAACAGGCUACUCAUGGGAUCUCUGUCAUUUUCCGUCACGUCAGCGGCAGCUUCCAGCCUGCUGUAUCUAUCCGACAUCCCCGCUUACCAGAGCAUCAGCGUCGCGGCGCUGGGGCUGGUCCUGAGCAUGCGCUGGCUGCAGACUCGAUGGGGGACCGAGCAACGCCGGUUUCGACAGGCCGUCAGAGAACAGGGUCGUAUCGCGAUAGUGGAGAACGAGCGGUGGGUGUGGGAUAGAUUGAAUAAUGGGUUGGCCGUGGAUGAGGAAGAAAUUGCCAGCAAGGAUGCGGAACUCGAGAAAGUGCUGGAGGCCAGAGCCGUAGUUGGAAGGGUCACAAAACUGUUAGAGACCUUUGAGAUUACCUAAUGCUCUCGUACCGGUGGAUCCACACGGCCGAGCUUAGGUAACUAAAUUAUAUCCAAAUGAGAGAACCCCAUGCCCCAUCUCUUUUUUACCUAAAGUCUUUAAUGCCGAGGGGGAAAUUAAAAUAUCUACUAUGGUAUACCGGUUACGCAAGCAUUCAGAGGACGUCAUACUCCAACGCAACCCCAUGGAUGCGAGGGAAUUAACAAGUUCCCUAUUAUAUUUCGCCCUCUCGAAAGGCCAAGUUACUAGUAGCCCUUUCUCACCCAGUCUGGUACCAUACUGCCAAAAUCUUGAUGACAGCCUCACCCCACGUUCGAAACACACAUUGAACUAAAAGGGAACUUAGAAGAGCAAGUUAGGGGGAAUGGUUUGGCGGGCCGGAACUAGGAUUCUCGAGUGGGAGAAAAAAGGGAGAUAUUCCCAUGAUUCCGAAAUUAUGGGUUUGGACUUGGCGACAAAGCUGGUAGCGAGAUGAUCGCGGGACGUGGCGUUGACAAGGAUGGCGGAUGGCAAGAGUUCAGAGCGUCUCGUUCAUGAUACCGCAUUACAGUAUCUGGUAAUACCGGUGUGGGGUAAGGCAGUUAAUAGGGGGUUUCGCAGUCAGGUAGCCUGUGUGGGGCGCAUAGAGGAACCAUGUCAUAUUAGAUAGCUUGGCAUGUGGGUUUUGCAGAAAAGCCACCCUUUUGUUUUCAUGAAGGAAGCAGGACACCACCAUAUGGAGAAAAUCGGAGAAUAAUACAACUGUUUAUCUCUG